AGAUAUUAAAUACUUCAUAUAGUUAUUUCAAGUUGAUGACGUUUACUUCAACGAUCAUUCAUUUCGUGUGGUUUAAUAUAAUAACAAUUGCUGUUUAUAAUUAAAUGGAACCUAAGCAAGAAGAUUGCCAUAAAACUAGUUCUUUUAAAGGUAUGCAACAUUUUUCAGAAAAUUUAUUUUCGCGUAAAGAACUACUUCGUGAAAUUCAACAUUUUUUAAAUGAUGUAAACAAGUCACCUUUAGUGUUAUAUGGAAUGUCGGGUGUUGGAAAGACUCAAAUUGCAAGAAAUUAUUGUAAAACUUAUUAUAGCUUAUACAAAAACAUUGUUUGGAUAGACGCAGCAUUUGGAAAGUUACAAACCUCCAUGAGAAAUCAAUGUCAAAUAAUAGGAUUUGAAGUUCAUGACUCGAAAGGUGAUUAUUUGAAUAUAGAAGUGAUUGUUGAAAAACUUCACAACCAUUAUAAAAAUGAAAAGACUUUGUAUAUUUUUGACAAUGUUGACGAUGAAAGUAUUAAAAACCUAACCAUGUACAUUUCAAGAAAACCGGAUUCAUUUACGUUGAUAACUUCCCAAUGGAGAACGUGGUCGAAUAAUGUAAAUAAACUGCUAGUUGAUGUUUUUACUUCAGAAGAAGCAUUUGCUUAUGUCAAAAAUAAUAUUAAAAAAAACGCCGAUGAAAACAUAAGAAACUUAAUAAAAGAACUUGGUUAUCAUCCGUUCGCUAUUACUCAGGCAAUAAAAUAUAUAAAUAUACAGAGAAUUUCGAUAGAAAAAUACGUAGAACGAUAUAGAUCAAAACCAUCAGAAAUAAUAGACAAUAACUUUCAAACCGAAGAAGAACCAAAGUCUGCAAUUAAAGUAAUUAACUUAGUUUUAAUGAAAUUAGAAAUAAGUAAACCUUUUCCAUUUAAACUAUUAAACUGUUUAUCUCAUUGCGACGGUCAAAACAUAAGUAAACAGUUUAUAAUCCAAAUUUCAAAACAAAUGGAAAUAAACGAAGAAUAUGUAAUAGAUGAAGCCGUUGGGUUACUAAUGAGUUAUUCUUUACUAAACUGUUUUGAUGAUGAAAAAUAUUCAAUGCACGAACUGACACAGCUGACGUGUAGAUGUUUUCAAAAUAGAAAUUCAACUACAAAUACGUAUCAUAGUUUAAUCAAAAAUUAUUUUAAAUUUGAAUUGAAUGAAGUAAACGAUCACAUGGAUUACGGAAACCAUUUUGUUUUCCAUUUUAUCUAUAUGUUUCGCAUAAACGGAAUAAAAUUUUCAAAAAACUUCCAUAAUAUGACGACAUCUAUUAAAAAAUUAUUAGUAUGUAAAGGUUUGUUUGAAGAAGCUAUCGAAGUAUUAAAACGUAUUCAAAGUUUUAAUACAGAAACUUAUGGUGAAAAUAAUAAAUUCACGCUUGAUACAAAACAUAAUAUCGCAAUCUGUUUGUACGAUAUGGGAAAAUAUAACGAAGCUUUAGAAAUUUAUUAUUCUGUCGAUAAAAUACGAACUGAAAUUUUAGAGCUAUAUGCCAUUCAAGAUUACGACAUCGCAAGCUGUAUCAAAGGCUGUAUUUUCAAGAACAUUUUGAGUGGUUUUGCUGCAAUGGGUAUUUACCUCUUAAAUCCUAAUAUUUUUACUGGUGUUGAUUGUUGUCCUAAGUGUGUAACUGAUAGGUCAAAUGUACCUUCUUCACAUGCUAGUUCAAAUAAAGAAAUCUGA